CAGUUUGCUCGGAAGACAUCACGCUUCAAAAUGUGUGUUUCCCGGAGCAUUGUUCCCUCGAACGCUGCUCGCUGAGUCGUCGUUUUCUCCUAGUUCCUGCUCCGAGAGGGGCGGCGCCGCUGCACCGCGACUGGGCGGUGGAGAAUCGCAAGGCUUUCUGCACACGAGAGACUUGAAAAUGGAUGAUAAAAGCAAUAUGCUCAGAGUGCUUAUUGCAACUGAUUGUCAUCUAGGUUAUUUGGAGAAAGAUGAAAUACGUAGGUUUGAUUCGUUUCAGGCAUUUGAGGAGAUUUGCUCAAUAGCUGAGCAAAACAAGGUAGAUUUCAUUCUUCUUGGAGGUGAUCUGUUUCAUGAGAAUAAGCCUUCAAGGUCAACUUUAGUAAAGACUAUUGAAACUUUAAGGAGAUACUGUCUCAAUGAUCGGCCGGUGCAGUUCCAAGUUGUUAGUGACCAGACAGUGAACUUCCAGAAUGUAUUUGGCCAUGUCAACUAUGAGGAUCCUCAUUUCAAUGUUGGGUUACCGGUUUUCACUAUCCAUGGGAAUCAUGAUGAUCCUGCUGGAGUGGAUAACCUUUCUGCCAUUGAUAUCCUCUCUGCAAGCAAUCUUGUGAACUAUUUUGGUAAAAUGGUCCUUGGGGGCUCUGGUGUUGGUCAAAUAACACUCCAUCCUAUACUUAUUAGGAAGGGAACAACUUCAGUAGCCUUAUACGGCCUUGGAAAUAUUCGUGAUGAACGGCUCAAUAGAAUGUUUCAGACACCACAUGCAGUACAAUGGAUAAGGCCAGGACACCAAGAAGCAUGUCCUGUGUCAAAUUGGUUUAAUAUCCUGGUUCUUCAUCAGAAUAGAAUCAAAACAAAUCCCAAGAAUGCAAUAAACGAACACUUCUUACCUCGUUUCUUAGACUUUGUUGUGUGGGGCCAUGAACAUGAAUGCCUUGUUGAUCCACAGGAAGUACCAGGGAUGGGCUUCCAUAUUACUCAGCCAGGUUCUUCAGUUGCGACAUCAUUGAUUGAUGGGGAAGCAAAGCCUAAGCAUGUACUUAUGUUGGAGAUUAAGGGCAGUCAGUACAGACCUACAAAAAUACCUUUAAAGUCAGUCAGGCCUUUUGAGUAUGCUGAGGUUGUCCUAAAAGACGAAGCUGACAUUGAUCCCAAUGAUCAAGCAUCCGUUCUUGAACAUCUGGACAAAGUGGUGAGAAAUUUGAUUGACAAAAGUAGCAAAAGAGCAGUAAGUAGAUCACAGCUCAAACUACCCUUGGUGAGAAUAAAGGUUGAUUACUCUGGGUUUUCAACGAUUAACCCUCAGAGAUUUGGCCAGAAAUACGUAGGGAAGGUUGCUAAUCCACAAGACAUUCUCAUUUUUUCCAAAGCUGCAAAGAAACGCCAAUCUGUUGAAGAAAAGAUCGAUGCGUCCGAAAAACUUCGUCCAGAAGAACUAAAUCAACAAAACAUUGAGGCUCUAGUUGCUGAAAGUAACUUGAAAAUGGAGAUACUUCCAGUUAAUGAUUUGGAUAUUGCAUUGCACGACUUUGUAAGCAAGGAUGACAAGAUGGCUUUUUACUCUUGCUUGCAGAAUAAUCUCGAGGAAACACGAAACAAACUGGUUGCUGAAGCAGAUACUUUAAAAAUUGAAGAGAACCUUAUUGUCAAAGUGGGCGAGUGCAUGCAGGAACGAGUAAAGGAAAGGUCACUGCGUUCCAAGGAAAGCAUGCGAACAACAACAGGCUCUCAGAACAUUCAGGGCACUAGAAACGAGAAUGCAACUGGCCCUACUUUUAGUGAUGAAGAGGAUACCAGGCAGAUGCUCUCCAUUUCAAAGUCUGCCCAACGAAGAGGUGGGGCUUCCAGGAGAGGCAGGGGCAGGGGUUCUAGCAGUCUAAAGCAGAUGACUCUAGAUGGAACUAUGAGAACCCGCCAUUCUGAGAGAUCAACAUCAGGCUCUGCAUCUGUUGCGACUAGAAGUAUUGUGGAUGAAGGAAUUGACUCUCCAUCAAGUGAAGAAAGAGAGAGGGACGAACUACAUGAUCUUGUUGAGAAUUCUGAACCUGAAGAAAUUAAGAAAGACAAAGGCCGGAAAAGAGCUGCACCUCGAGGAAGAGGUAGAGGUUCCACAUCAUCUGCAAAGAGGGGACGGAAAUCAGAUUUUACUUCUAUCCAGAGCAUGCUUAUGAACAAGGAUGGUGACGAUGACGAUGACGAUGAGGAUGAUAUCUCAACUAGACUGAAGAAAGUUCAGCCUCAGGUAACCAGAAACUAUGGUGCUAUUCGGAAGAGAUGAUGUGAUUGAGGUCAUUUUGAUGCAGAUGCAUCAAAAGAAUUGUCUCGUUAUCACAGAUUUGUGCUGUUUCCCUUCUCUAAUAUUCACCUUCGCCUAGCUUUCGUUUCGGAGACUUGUGUGGAUAUUCUGGGAUUCGACACGAGAAUCAUUUUACCCUUUUGUUCUU